GGUCCUUUAUUGUAUUACGUUAAAUGUGUACAUGGUUAUUGUUGAAAAAUUAGCCAUUAUAAGAAAUGAGUUAUUUGUCAGGGCUUUAUUUACAUCUUCACUUACCGACGCUAGAAUAAGAAACAUUGAAUUGUCGUCUCAAAUAAUAAAGGAUAUGUCUUUUACGAGUGAGGAAGUUGCAAUUAAUAUAACUCUGAAAGAGGACGAUAAAAUUUUAUCAGAUAAUGAAAAUAAUUUCAACUUGGGUAGCAUAAACCUUUAUUCUAUGCCGUUAAAGUCAGAGAAUGAAAGAGAGAUUUCUCGUAGAAAGAUAUUUUUUUUGAAUGAAAAUGACAUUAAAUUGUUUGAAAAUAUUCAGAAAUGGAUCAAUAAAAAAGAACCAACCACGCUUGAGGAAACGAUAGAAUACCAACUCGUGAAAAUGACAGGGCAAGAAAACCGUCUAAAGACAACAAUAGGAUACCAACUUUUAAAUAAUCCAUAUGCAAGAAAAGUAGAUGCCAUUGCAAAAACGUUCUUUGCCGAUCAUCUUCCCGACUUUAUUCUUAAAUAUUUUGUAGAUAAUGACGAGAAAAAAAAAAAUAGGCGUGAUGACUUCAUAAAAUUGCUUCUUCGUGUAGGGUUGGUGGUUGAAGAAGAAACUAAAUCCGAUGACGAAAAUAUUAAAUAUGUAAAGGUUUUUGCGCCAUUCAAAUUGCUUUGCGAUUAUGCCGAGCCUAUGAAACUCGAUUUUCCCUUAAAAUCAGAAGACCAUAAACCUGAGCCAGAAAACUAUAAAACUCUAAACAAGUGGUUCUUACCUAAUCUAACAUUUAUUACUUUAAACAAAUAUAAACUAUCUGCUCCUUUCAAAAAAAAAUAUUUGGAAAAGUUUGAAGGUGGAAAUGAGAUGGAUUCAUUUUUGAAGUUUUUCAGUUCAGCAAGGAGAAAUUUAUUGGUUGAUUAUAUAAUGAACGUAGCCAACCAUAUUGUCUUAAGGGGAUACGUUAAUGAAGACAAAAUCAAAGACGAAGAAGAGAAGGAUAAUACUCAAGUUUUUACUAAAAAUUUGAAACGAUUAAGCAAUGUCUUUGCUAUAUCAACGCUUCUGAGAGAGAAGGUCUUCACCGAUUAUUAUCCUCUUCAUGAUGGCUCAAUAUCUGAUAAAAACAGUUUACGUACAAAAUUGAAUGAUUCAUGGAUCAAAAAUUGGAAAAGUAAGCCAUUGGACCAAAUACGAGACUAUUUUGGAGAAAAGUUGGCAUUAUAUUUUGUAUUUCUAGGAUUAGUGUCUUCAAAAAAUAUUGGAACUGUUUCCUCUAUUGUUGAUAAUGCUCUUACUGUCCCUUUUGCAUUAUUUAUGACAUUAUGGUCUACUGCGUUUUUAGAAUAUUGGAAAAGAGCAAACAAUACUUUACAAUAUAAUUGGGAUGUCAUGGACUAUGAAGAAGAGGAAUUACCAAGACCAGAAUUUUAUGGAACAGAACGCCGUCCUUCACCAAUUACUGGGAAAGAAGAAAUGUAUUUCCCUUUCAGGAAAAAAAUAAGGAAAUUUAUGAUUUCUGGAAUUAUUAUCUCUGUUUCACUAUGCAUUUUUCUGAUUACAUCUGGAGUUUUGCUUAUUUUUCCAAAAAUUUGGAUUCAUAUCGGUAUUUACACAUCCGUCACCACUGCUAUAUUGUAUAGUAAUUUGUCACUAUGGCUGACAGAUUUUGAAAAUCACAGAACCGAAACAGCAUAUGAAGAUUCUUUGAUUCUUAAAAUAUUUCUUUUCGAUUUUGUAAAUUUUUACACCGCUUUGUUAUACGUUAUAUUGCUUAAACAAGAGUUUAUAAAAGACAUGAUCCACAAUUCUAAUGUUACAACAGGAUGUGAAUAUGACAAUUGCUUUACAGAACUUACUGUUCAAUUAGCAAUUAUCAUGAUCGGGAAGCAAGCAUUUGGACAAAUUAGUGAAGUCCUUAUUCCGCUUGUUAAAAGUCGAUUAAACAAAGACACACUAAAACAAGUACUUGGAGAAAACGAUAUAGUUCCACAAUGGGUGGAAGAUGAUCAUUUAGAUGAACCACCUCAAAUACAAGAUUCAGAAUAUAUGGAAAUUGUAUUUCCUUUAGCACCACUGUUUGCUUGGUUAAAUAACGUUGUUGAGUUCAGAACAGAUGCUUUCAAAUAUAUAAACUCUAUACGCCGGCCGGUAGGAUAUCAAGCUCAAGAUAUUGGAAUGUGGGAAAAGGCCUUGAAUUUCCUUUCGAUUUUUGGUCAUCUUGUGUAUGCAAUUAAGGUGAUUGCAUACUUCGUACCAAACGAGUCGAUAUCACUAAAAGCAGCUAUUGCACGCCAAAAAUAUCUGGUUAAGAAGAAAUUAAAACAAAAAGAAAAGCAUGGUGGAUAUGAGAAAGAAAAUAUAAAUUUUAACAAGGGAGACUCUGGGAUUGGAACCGGUCAAAAUUAG